GCGGCCGGCUCCUGGCGUGGCCUCGCGUGUGCGCCUGCGCGAGCCCCGGACUCGAAGCAGCCAUGAUGGAAGGCCUGGAUGACGGCCCCGACUUCCUCUCGGAGGAAGACCGCGGACUUAAAGCAAUCAAUGUAGAUCUUCAGAGUGACGCCGCCCUGCAAGUGGACAUUUCGGAUGCUCUCAGUGAACGGGAUAAAGUCAAAUUCACUGUUCACACCAAGAGUUCAUUGCCAAAUUUUAAACAAAAUGAAUUUUCAGUCGUUCGACAACAUGAGGAAUUUAUCUGGCUACAUGAUUCCUUCGUUGAAAAUGAAGACUAUGCAGGUUACAUUAUCCCACCAGCACCACCAAGACCUGAUUUUGAUGCUUCCCGGGAAAAACUGCAGAAGCUUGGAGAAGGGGAAGGAUCGAUGACAAAGGAGGAGUUCACGAAGAUGAAGCAGGAGCUGGAAGCUGAAUAUCUGGCAAUUUUCAAGAAGACAGUUGCAAUGCAUGAGGUGUUCCUUUGUCGUGUGGCAGCGCAUCCUAUUUUGAGAAAAGAUUUAAAUUUCCACGUCUUCUUGGAGUAUAAUCAAGAUUUGAGUGUUCGAGGAAAAAAUAAAAAAGAAAAGCUCGAGGAUUUUUUUAAAAACAUGGUUAAAUCAGCAGAUGGAGUGAUUGUUUCAGGAGUAAAGGACGUAGACGACUUCUUUGAGCAUGAACGAACAUUCCUUUUAGAAUAUCAUAACCGAGUCAAGGACGCGUCUGCGAAAUCUGACAGGAUGACAAGAUCUCACAAAAGUGCUGCUGAUGAUUACAAUAGAAUUGGGUCUUCAUUAUAUGCUUUAGGAACUCAGGACUCUACAGAUAUAUGCAAGUUUUUCCUCAAAGUUUCAGAACUGUUUGAUAAAACAAGAAAAAUAGAGGCCCGAGUGUCUGCUGACGAGGACCUCAAGCUUUCUGACCUGCUAAAGUACUACUUACGGGAGUCUCAAGCAGCUAAGGACCUCCUCUAUAGAAGGUCCAGGUCGCUGGUGGACUAUGAAAAUGCCAACAAAGCCCUGGACAAGGCAAGAGCAAAGAACAAAGAUGUUCUACAGGCAGAAACGUCCCAACAGCUGUGCUGUCAGAAGUUCGAGAAGAUCUCUGAAUCUGCAAAACAAGAACUGAUAGACUUUAAGACAAGAAGAGUUGCUGCAUUCAGAAAAAAUUUAGUGGAACUGGCAGAACUAGAACUAAAGCAUGCAAAGGGCAACCUCCAGCUGCUGCAGAACUGCCUUGCCGUUUUAAAUGGAGACACAUAGGCCACACUCCGCCUUCUGUUGAAAAGGGCUGCCUUCAAAUCUCGUUUGUUUUCUUGAUGACUUCCGGCAUCUAAGCUCACUGGAACCACAGAUCAGCUGGCACGGUGCAUCGGCUCUUCUUCUGAGAGACAGUGGAGUGGCGGGGCUCACCGGCCAAGGGCAGCGUCUGCCACCCCGCACUUGACCUUCCGAGAAGCCCAAAGUUCAACUUCCUCUUUCCUUUAAGUAGCCUGUCUUAACUGUGUUUAUUUUGUGCGUAGCGAUCUUUUGGCUGGCGGCCUUAUUUACCUCUCGAUCUCUUGUCCAGUUUUAACAUUCUCAAGAGUCCACUGUCCACACACGAUAACGGUUGCCUUUCUGGAUUUCUUUUUUUUUUUUUUUUUUUAAGCAUCCUGUGCCCUUCGUUCUUUCAUGUAUCCGUGUAAACAUCUUAAUGAGACUUACUUUGAAUUAAUGAAACGUAAAGUUUGGGGUCAGUUUUGUGAGCUUUAUCAGUAUGGUCGAUCUCUGAAGAAAAGCAGAUGUGUUCGUAUGAUUGCCUUAAACUUGUGAACUAAACCAAUAUUGUAAACCACCCAGCGAUACCAGCGGCGUUUGGACUCCGUGCUCCUUGUAUCGCUCUGGAAUUUGGGGGUAGCGAUAAUAAAUCCACUCCAGCAUUAUGCUUUACAGUGCAGGUUUUUGUUUUCCUCCCCCCUUCUUUCUUUUGAAAUGGCCAAUUGAACCAAGUUCACCGACCGCUUUACUGUAGAGCGACCUGGUCUUCUGGGUGCACUCCACAGAAGGAGCGGCUGGACAGAGGCAGACAUCUGCCUUUUCCGGAAUGCAGGAGCAUCACAGUUCUCUGGACCCGUCCCUAGCUCAGCCAACCGCGUCCCUCCUAGUUACCAUGGCAACCAUGGUAACAUAUUGACCGGCACAGAGGAAAAGCCUUCUGCUAGAAGGAAGAGCUCUUGAGUUGGUGAGGGAAGUAGAUUCCCCGGGAUGAAAGCUGGUGUGCAGAUGGGGUGCCACGCCCGGGAUCUCUGUGGGGAGCGGACAUGAUCCUCGUUCCCAGAGUAAAGUAGGUGGAAUGGAUUUCUCUGUCUUUUUCCAAGUCCUCUCCUAUUUGGAAACCACGGGGAUUCAGGCUGGUCAUCCCUGGAACAGGUUCCUAGUUUGUUUACAAUUUUCCAAACCGUCCCGAAGAUUCCCGGGGCCACUUGCAGGCGGUGGCCCUGACCCCCACCCAGCCCUUCCCAGUGCAUGUUCUCUGGCUGGUCGGUGUGCUGGUCAGUGUCCUCUCCGACGGACACGUGUCCCCGUGCUGUUCAGAGUCGGUUUUCCUGGUGUUGGCCGAGAGAUCCUUUCUGUCCUUCGUGUCUGUGACCUUCCGUGGUAGAAACACGCCCACACGGUGUCCACCAGUGGGAGAGUGCAGGACCAGGAGCCCUUGCUUCGGGACCCAUCCGACCCUCACCAGCUGCCCUUGUGGCCUCAAUCGGGUUUGGGAAAGAUUCUCUUGACUUCUGCCUCAGUUCUCUGCUCUAAAGGACAUGUUGACCUACCUCACAGGGGUGUUGUGAGGGUUAAUAAAUGUUGGUACCAUGCUUUGGAACCGUGAA